GAUAGACAUCCGAGCUCUUUUCAAGACAACAGUGGAACCGGGCGUUCACGUUUAUCUCUGAUAAAAACCGAGAAGAAUACCGAGGUUUCUUCCACGUAUGACUACAUAUUUAACUAGCGAUCGCUAGUCAGCCUACUAGAACUACUCAGCGCUUUUUUGACCGCCUAAACUUCCUUUGGAAUCUGUCUAUCGUCUAACAAGAUCUCUACUCAAGACGGUUUGUUAUGGCGUACCAACUGUACAGAAACACCACGCUGGGAAACAGCCUUCAGGAGAGCCUUGAUGAACUGAUUCAGACACAGCAGAUCACUCCUCAACUUGCGCUUCAGGUUCUGCUCCAGUUUGAUAAAGCCAUCAACACUGCACUGGCCAACCGUGUGCGGAACCGGGUCAACUUCAGAGGUUCCCUCAACACCUACCGCUUUUGUGACAAUGUGUGGACAUUCGUCUUGAAUGAUGUGGAAUUUCGGGAGGUUACGGACCUGGUGAAAGUCGACAAAGUGAAGAUUGUGGCCUGUGAUGGAAAGAAUACUGGAUCUGGAGCAGCAGAGUGAUGUUCUGAGAGAGAGAGAGAGAGAGAGAGAGAGAGAGAGAGGAAGAACAGGACUGUACAUAUUAAAGUAAAACUACGAAGGCCAAUCAAACCAACACAGCUGUGUCAAUGGCGUGUGUGACUGGCCUGCAAUUGCAGGAAACCCUUGUAUUUUUCCCCAUUUUACCACUGUCCUCAAUAAUAGUCUGUAUCCUUAAUAAACUUUUACGUUUGCCGUUGG